UAAUUUGAUCAGUUGCUCAUUGACUUUGUGUUUUUGCAACCAUCAAAAUCCAAUCAACAGUUUUUAAUCAUGAAUUCAUUUUCAAUCUUAUUGAUUUUUUUAACUCUAUCAACCUGUUCAGUUGAUUUCGCUUUUUCAAAAUGCCACCUCAAGGAAUUGGACUUUUGCCAAGCUUCGGUUGUUAUGCUUCUCCAGAAUCAAGAAACACCAAAAACAGAGGCAGACAUUGACCAUUAUUGUGAAGUGUUAAACAAUGCACAGGAAUGUGUAGCUAAUUUCACUAGCAAAUGUGCGACUUCAUUACAACAAGAAUUGAUUGAAUUUUUCGGGUCUGGAGGUAUAAACACUGUCAAGGAGUUUUGUACAAGCGGCAGUCAGCUUCGAAACAACUACAUUGCUAAUAUUGAUUGUUUAGCCGAGGCUAGGCGAGAAGCCAAUUCCUGCCUUAAAGAUUUACAAGUGGCCAUUGAAGAAGUGGUUUCGGUCGAUCAACAAAAUCGAUUGUCAGUUGGUUGCUGUGCCUUCAAUCGUUUCCAAAAUUGUACCUUUUCAAUUGUUAAAAGUCGCUGUGGCUCACAAGUUGUUGAUUUAGGACGAAAAGUAAUGACAAUUGUAACAUCAAGGAUUCCUGAAGCCAUUUGCACCUCUUUUGAUGCUAAAAGUGACCUUUGUGUCAAUAUUUUACCCAAAACUGGUCAAGUUCCUCGUGGAAACAAAUCACCGAGCUUGAUUGCUAAAAUCUUUGCCACUUUUCUCGGUAAUUAAUUGUGUCAAUGAAUCUAUUGAAUCCUUGUUAAUGUACCAAUAAUUAGUUGAUUGAAUCACGCCAGAUUUUUAUUGUUGAUUUCAUGUUUUAUUAAAGCCCAAGUUACUACCAGAGAA